CAAACCCUCGCCCGCCGAUUUACCUCCUCUUCGGCCGCCUCCCUUCCUCUCCGCCAUGAAGGCAGCUCGCGCCGGUGUAGUGAAUGGUCGUUCGACCUGCUCUUAGUCCCUCCUACCAUGGCGCUGCUUCAGUCCAUUGGCGUCCAUGGUGGUGUCUGCAGGGGAUUGUGGGGUGGUGAAGAUGGUCCGUCGCUACAGUUCCUGUCCGCCGCGCCGGUGGUGGCCGGGUCCGAGGCUUGCGACCGGGCAUUCCCCUGGAUGUGUGUGACGGAUGAGUCCGACGGUGGUGGCGGCAGGUUCCUAUGGUGGUAUCGGCAGCCGCGGUCGGUUUGGUGCGGGAGCGUCUUGGUUGGUAAGUCUCUCGGAGCAUCUCAGGGGUGGUGCCUCUGGACGGGGUCGUUGUUCGGCUUGCCUAGCUGUCUGAAGCUAGGGCUCGGGCAAUGA